CCUCCGGCGGUGAGAGGCCGCUCUAGGCAGCGGGGAGGUCGCGGAGUUGAGGGAGUAGGGAAAGGAGAGCGGCCUCUCCUCUAUGGUCGCAAGGCCGGAGCAUUUUCACCCAAAGUCGGUCCUAAGUUACUUCCGGUAGCGAAGCCUCUACCUCUUCCUCUGCUCCCGCGGGGGGUCCGGGCAGGGAAUAAUGGCCGAGUGGGCCCCGGGACAAGUGGAAUGGUAAGCCGCGGCACGGCUGGGGGGUGUGAGGGGGCGACCCGGGCUUGAUUUCGAGUCGUGAUGUGGAAGACUGAGCGUCAGUCCUCUUUGCGGAGCCGCCCGGGCCGGAUCGGAGGAAGCGCUUCGGCCUCUCCUCACGCAGGCCGGAGUCCUGAGCAUCCCCAGUCUUGGCCGCGGGGUGCGGACUUCAGCUUGGCCAAUUGCCCUAUCCCUUCCCGAGAGCCCCAUGUCCGCACAGCCGGUGGCUGGGCCUCGCUUGCGUCCUGUAGGGAUCAAGGGUCAGAGCCACUCGCUCCAGGGGCUCCCUAGGGUGGGAAGGAGGAGGUGUCGCUUCUAAACACCUUGGAGGGGGACCACGGGACGCCUGCCCGCCAGGAGCGCCUGCCGCACCCUGCAGCAGCCGGGCCAGACUUGAUGAGGCACCUAAUAGUCGCCAGCGUGAGCUUGCGGUCUCAUUGGCGAGGCACGUUCCCGGCCCAAGGCGCAGCGAUUGUGCCCACUCUUUAAAAUAGGGUGACCGAAGCGCAGAAGAGAGAAAGUGAAACCCCAAAGGCAUUCUGGGGCCAGAUUAAUGAUAUUUUGCAGCAGUUUUCUACAUCAGAAAUUUUCUAUGUCUGUGGAUCCCAAAAUUUGCUAAGAAAUGGAGGAACCUCAGAAAUACUAUCUGAACACAGUGGACCUUGAGAAAGAUGACCCUCUCAAAAGCACCGGCCCUCAGAUUUCUGUUAGUGAGUUUUCUUGCCACUGCUGCUACGACAUCCUGGUUAACCCCACCACCUUGAACUGUGGGCACAGCUUCUGCCGUCAUUGCCUUGCUUUAUGGUGGGCGUCUUCAAAGAAAACAGAAUGUCCAGAAUGCAGAGAAAAAUGGGAAGGUUUCCCCAAAGUCAAUAUUCUCCUCAGGGAUGCCAUUGAAAAGUUAUUUCCUGAUGCCAUUAGGAUGAGACUUGAAGACAUUCAGCAGAAUAAUGACAUAGUCCAAAGUCUUGCAGCCUUUCAGAAAUAUGGAAACGAUCAGAUUCCUUUAGCUCCCAACACGGGCCGAGUGAAUCAGCAGAGGGGAGGGGGAUUUUUUUCUGGUGUGCUCACAGCUUUAACUGGAGUGGCAGUGGUCCUGCUCGUCUAUCACUGGAGCAGCAAGGAAUCUGAACAUGACCUCCUGGUCCACAAGGCUGUGUCAAAAUGGACAGCAGAAGAAGUUGUCCUCUGGCUGGAGCAGCUGGGCCCUUGGACCUCUCUUUACAGGGAAAGGUUUUUAUCUGAACGAGUAAAUGGAAGGUUGCUUUUAACUUUGACGGAGGAAGAAUUUUCCAAGUCUCCAUAUACCAUAGAAAACAGCAGCCACAGGAGAGCCAUCCUCAUGGAGUUGGAACGUGUAAAAGCAUUAGGUGUGAAGCCCCCCCAGAAUCUCUGGGAAUAUAAGGCUGUGAACCCAGGCAGGUCCCUGUUCCUGCUAUAUGCCCUCAAGAGCUCCCCCAGGCUGGGUCUGCUCUACCUGUACCUGUUUGACUACACAGACACCUUCCUGCCCUUCAUCCAUACUAUCUGCCCUCUGCAAGAAGACAGCUCUAGGGAGGACAUCAUUACCAAGCUUCUGGAUCUUAAGGAGCCUACGUGGAAGCAGUGGAGAGAGUUCCUGGUCAAAUACUCCUUCCUUCCAUACCAGCUGAUUGCCGAGUUUGCUUGGGACUGGCUGGAGGUCCAUUACUGGACAUCACGGUUUCUCAUCAUCAAUGCUAUGUUACUCUCAGUUCUGGAAUUAUUCUCCUUUUGGAGAAUCUGGUCGAGAAGUGAACUGAAGACUGUGCCUCAGCGGAUGUGGAACCAUUUCUGGAAAGUAUCAACGCAGGGGCUUUUCGUGGCCAUGUUCUGGCCCCUCAUCCCUCAGUUUGUUUGCAACUGUUUGUUUUACUGGGCCCUGUACUUUAACCCAAUUAUUAACAUUGAUCUUGUGGUCAAGGAAGUCCGGCGUCUGGAAACCCAAGUGUUGUGACUGGCACUGCCCAGUCUCAGACUCUUCAAGUCCCAGUGGUGUCUGAGGUUUGAUGCUUAAGCGGGGUGAGGCAGGGAGCGGAAUUCCUAUUUUCUACCCCCAGUAAAACAAGGUGCUGCUUUGUAUGUCAAACGCUCCAACCAUGUCCUUCCCCCUCGGCCUGUGGGUAGCGUCAUCAGGGACUGACAUCUUGCAGGGAGGACUGUCUGUUUGGCUGACACAGCAGCAGCCCUGCCCACCCAGCUACCUUCCUCACAGGGACUGGGAGGUUCAGUCCCCAACGGCUGGCAAGACUCAGGGUCCUCAGUGGACACGGUGUGGGUGACAUCAGAUGGGUGCCACAUCAGUCCCCUCCCCAAUGUCAGUGACUGACAGAGGAUCCCGGAUCUCGGAGCCCGGGACCAGGCUUGUGGGGUCCUGGCCUGUCCUCUGAGUCAAGUUUAGGAAAACAAGGAUAAGAUUCUGUCAUAGGCAUAGAGAGUUGCACAUAAAAAAUACAGAAGAAUGAUGCUAUAUAUGAUACAAAGCUCAUCAAAAAUAAAAAAAUAAAAAAAACUGGGCCGGGCGCAGUGGCUCACGCCUGUAAUCCCAGCACUUUGGGAGGCCAAGGUGGGUGGAUCACGAGGUCAAGAGAUCGAGACCAUCCUGGUCAACAUGGUGAAACCCCAUCUCUACUAAAAAUACAAAAAUUAGCUGGGCAUGGUGGCGCGUGCCUGUAAUCCCAGCUACUUGGGAGGCUGAGGCAGGAGAAUUGCUUGAACCCAGGAGGCGGAGGUUGCAGUGAGCUGAGAUCGCGCCAUUGCACUCCAGUCUGGGUAACAAAAGGGAAACUCCAUCUCAAAAAAAAAAAAAAAAAACUGAAGAAAACCCAAAAGUCAGUCAAUUCUGUCUUAUUGAAGAGUUGCUAGGAUUCAGAGUAAAAACCUCUCAAAGCAUUCAGUUGGAGCCUAGCGAUGAUUAGACUUAGUCACUGCGCUUGUUUUUGUUUUGCUUUAUGGAAGUCGUUGAAGGUCUAGAUCCCUUUCUCCGAAUGGAGAGAUUGAGAGGGAUGUCAGACAGUGCAUGGAAGGCAGUUCCUAUUAGAUUGAGUGGCCUCCAUGCUAUUUAAAAUUGUGGCGGUGUCUCAUGCCUGUAAUCCCAGCACUUUGGGAGGGUGAGGCCGGCAGAUCACUAGAAGCUAGGACUUCGAGACCAGUUUGGCCAACAUGAUGAAACCAUGCCUCUGCUAAAAAUACAAAAAUUAACCAGGUGUGGUGGUACACACCUGUAAUCCCAGCUGCUUAGAAUUGGAAAUCGCCUAAACCCAGGAGGCGGAGGUUGCAGGGCGCGAGACUGCACCCCUGCAGUCUAUCCUGGGUGGCUGUGGAAGUCGGUCUCCAAACAAAACAAAAUUCAUCUGUAAAAGAAAUUCCAGGAUAGUCCUUUUGUUUAAGGAAACAUUUUGUAAAUUGACCUCACACUGUAUAAUCUUUAUUGUCCUAUCCUGAUGUAUAGAACAGCAGGUAUAAUUACACCAAGUGCUAUAAUUGUAAAUAUGGAAUGAGGUGAACUAUAGCCUUUUAUUUCCUUACAGUGUGAACACAGCAAGUGUGAGAUGUCAUCUAGGAAGACUGGCCUUGCAGAAAUAGGCCUGCAUCGAAAAUAUUCUCUUGUGACUUCGCAAACCAUUCAUUAACCCUUUGUAUCUUUGAGUGAAGAUUUUAUUCAAACUUUGCAUCUGGAAGUUUGAAGAAAUUACUUGAAAUAAAAAUAAAGAUUUUUAUACAGAUAAAACCUA